GUUGGCUGGCUGGCUUUGUUGUUUCGCUGUUUGGCAAGUGGCAAAGCGCAAUAUACCUGAUCGCAGGUAGUUUUAGUCGCCGACGUGAUAUUGAAUGAGCCGUACGCGCGUUUUACCAACGAGACCGUUAUAACACCUAGUAAAGUACUAAGUUAUAUUCCAAGUUGAUUUGCAUUAAGUUGUUGUGGAGAACUCAAUAGCGCGUGUGUGUUGAUCGAGGAGCAGUUUACUGUUUCAUUGCAAAGUUGCGGAAUUUAAACGCCGUAGUGGUGUAGUGCGGUGUGCUGUCAAUCGCCAACCGACACAAAAAACAAAGUGGGCUAGUAAAUCAAAUUGAUACUUGAAAUUCAAUACAUCAUACCUAAGCUGCAACAACGGCAAACUGGAAUGCCAACACCAACUACUUAACUACCCAUCUGCUUAAUAUCAACAACAACAACAAGAGCAACCAAAGUUGUAGGAGCAGCAAUUGAAGCUGCAGCAAUGCAACAAGGCGUGUCACUGCACCGUCACAACCAACAACAGUAAAACAACAACAAGCUGCACUGAAGAGUGCUUCAACACACUUCCUAUCCACAGCGACACCGGCUUUCUUUCACAGUCAAAGCGCUUACUUUUGCAGCAUGUGGGAACUUCUUUACUGCAUAAACGCCUGGUAGUAGCGAGUGUUUGUGGUGUACUUACAUUCUAUAUGUAUAAAGUGAGUUUGGAAAUUCGCAUUUCGUGAAAGUCAAUAAAACACACUUACAUACAUACAUAUUACUUAAAAGCGCAGAGAGAGAGAAAGGAUAAAAAGUGGAAAAAGUAAAAUAUAAAAUAGCAAAAACGAAAAAUCAAAAAUAAAUCCGAGAAUAUGAAAAAUCCACAAAACGCAUGUGUGAAGUGAAUUUACAAACACAAAAAACGUGCACUGCUCUACCAAUCAACCCAGUUAGUACCUUUCCUCCGAAAACCAACUAGAAAGUGUAUAGAAAAAUAAAAAUCGUUAAAUGCAACAACUUAAAACUGAAGUGAAAAGUGUUUUGUGGCCAAUUCGGCAUGUAUAAAAAAGUGUAGAGGAGAAUAGCAAACAUAAAAUAAUAAAAAAUUAAAAUAUUAGAAAAAAAGUACAUAGUAGACAACUGGAAAGCGUGCAAUUAGCCAGAGAACUACAUACACACAUACACAUAAGCGAGCAAGUUAGAAACUCACCGAAAAACGAUUAAAAAAAGUAAUUUAAUCAUCCGGCAAUCGCUUUUAUCAACUCUCUGGUAAGAGACACAAAAAAAAUCAUAAAAACACUCGAAACUAUAAAAAUACGAACUCUGCACAACCCAGCUGGAAGACUUAGUAAAAAAGAUAAUAAAUCAAAUAAUCACCUGCAGUUUUAUUGCAAUAAUUGCGACUUAAAGUUGCAAACACUUAUAAAGAAAAAAGUCGUUAUAAGAUCAAAAGUACAGCGAUGGGCUUUCGCAAAAACGAUAAGAGGAAACAAUGAAAUCAACCAAAGAAAAUUAUAAAGUCAUCAAAUAAGGAAGUGCAUGAAGAAAAUUGCAAAUGCAGACGAGUCUAUCUAGUGACUAACGUGUACAUAUGUACAUAUGUAAGUGUGUAUAACUAACUGUUAGGGAGUAGCAACGAUUAUAUUACAUGCCGUAAAUUGCAUAACAGCAAAUCACGCUGCAACCACAAAGAAGCGACAACGAAGAAACGCUAUACAAAAGCCACAAUAGCAAAAGAAAGGUGUUGCAGAUCAAAGUUGUAAGCAAAAGAACAAAGUAGACGAAGUCAGCCAGGCAGCUAAGCAGCUAGGCAAACGAAGAGGUGUCAGAGCAGCACCGGCAGAUGCGGAAAAGCAAGCUUGCCGAGGAAGACACGUCGUAAAAACUGCCAACUGAUUUUGCAUAGGCCACAAAGCGUCGUACGCAGGAGCCAAGAGGGUCCGAGAAAUAUCAACAAUUGUGUGGUGAGGAAAAGAAGGAAAAAGAAAAAUAAGUAUCAGAAAAACAAGUAAUCAAACAAUUCGCAAUCAGCAGCAAUUUAAAGCAUUUAGAUUACUCACAGGCAGACUCCGAGCCUCUAAGAAAGAUCUAAAUUCGAUCAAACACAAAAAGAGAAACGUAGAAAACCAAAACUACAAUAAUGGCAACGAAAACUGUUAUAAAUACGAGUGCGACGCCAGCGCGUGGCAUCUCAAUUGUAAUUGACCAAGACCAAGCAACAAAGCGACAACAACAAGAACAACAACAGCAGCAGCAGCACCAGCCACUCAUCGUCAAUUGUCAACAAGAAACGUUAAGGCCGUCACAGAAAGCGGAAAAUGGCAAGAUCACCAUCUAUCAAAAUACAAGUACAACAACUACAACACAAAUGACACCAACACCAUCGACGGCAAUAACUAGAACAGUGGUCACAAAAUUGCAGCCACAGCAAAGUAAAUUGGUGGCAACAACAAAAGAAACUACAAUGCGAAUUGGUGUUAACGAUGAUAAUAAUUACCUGAACGAUGAUGAACGUACAAAUAAUAAUGAUACUGUCACUCAUUACGAACGCGCCAAUGAUGAGCGCAUGCAACGACGUUUGUUUACCAUACAAAGUGGUGAGUACGUCAACGAUCAGAAAACUAGUUAUUCCACAAUCAAGCAGACAAUAACAACAUCUACAGCAGUUCCAAAUUUUCCACAACUGCUAUUGAAAGUGGCGAGUGAGAGAGGAAAAGCCAAUAAUGGACAGAGCAAUCGUGGCGGCGCCAACUCCGAAGAAAUGCGCAAAACGGAUGGAAACGAAGAUAGUUCAGUUGGCGCUGGAAUUACUGUUGGAAAAUCGCAAGUAAAUAGAAAUGUUGCCGAGGCCGAGCCUGCAGGUGUUGCGAGCAUAAAUGACCAUAAUAGAAAGAGCGCCGAGACAAGCUCGUCUGCGACUAUGGCAAAUACGAAAACAACAAUAAAAACGACCGUAAAUGGUCAAACAAACCAGCGCGGCCCGAUGAUCAUACAGUGCAAUGGUGAUGAUGAACAUCAUCAAGGCAAGAGCGUAGAGCAUAAUGAAGAUGCACAUAAGCGAGCAACUAAUAAUAUUGAUCAUAAUCAUGUUGGAUCACUUAUUGUGGCUGCGGCUGCGACUGCGACUGUGACUGCGUCUACGAAUGUGGCGUCUAAUGUAUAUCACGACGAAAGUUGUGUGACUAGUGUUGGUCAAAACGCGUUUGAACGUAUUUGUCCGAAUGUCUUAAGCGGCAGCGAAUGCGAUCACCAUGAAGCUGGCAGUGGUCUGCGCAGUGCAGAUGUCCAACAGCAGCUGGAAAGCACAGACGUGAACGCGAAUUCGAAUGCGAUCGCCGCGAAUAGUCCAACUACGGCAACGAAAGCAGAUUGUGCAAGUGCACUCACCGAAACAGAAACAGAAAUAGAUAUUCUGCGCAGACGCCAUACUGAUCAAACAAAUGCGGAUUCUACGCAAUUGCAUGUGCUGAAGAUACAAAUUAAACCAGAAAAAGUGAAUAAACAUAACGAAAAACAGGUGACAGUGGUGACCCUUAACGAGGCACAAGUUCAAGAACAAAAUUCAACCAAAAUAAGUCAAUCUAAAGAAUUAACACAUAAAAUUCCAGUGCACAUAACAGAAACUAUUGAAGAGAAAAAUUGUGCGCGUCCACUAACAACGACGGGUGAAAGUGCGAACGAUCUAAAUUCGAGCAACGACGAGAAAAUGGUGCAAAAGCCAACUACAUCGAUGUCGUUAACGGCAACGCCAUUGGCGACCACAUUGACAUCGACGACAAUUCUCAAUUCGGGCGCGGUAACUGUGUCGGGCGGGAAUGCAAAUGCAAACUUGAAUUCGAAUGCAGGCGCAAUGGCUAACGGCAAAUAUAACGGUAAUGGCAGCAGUAACGGACACGCUAGCAGCAACGCGAUUACCUCGGGCAAUACAACCGUCACCGAACUAAAUGUGUCACAUCCUUCGUACUUGUACUAUGUUAUGUCCAGCGGCCAGUUUUCGCCUUGCGAUACUUUAGACAGUGGCACUGGCAGUGAUCUGGAGAGCAAUGGCAAUCUAACACCUGGCACACCAUCACCGCAGAGCAAAUUGCAGAGUACACUUGAGAAAUUAAAUGCAGCGGCUAACUCUUCUUCACAGAAGGGUAAAGAUGGCAUUGCACCAAAAAUGGAAUUACAUCUGAAGGCCACCAAAAUUCGCUUAAAUGGCAGCGUUAAGAAGUCGGCGCUGGACUCGCCCAACUCCAUCAACAGCAAAUCGCAUACAAAUGGUGAUCAUGCACGCGCUGGCAGUUUCACGGAUAGCGAGGAAAGCGAAUCGUCUUCCCUCAGCUGUGAUUCGCUUCACUCCACCGAAUUCAUACGCCAGUCUUCCGUUUCGCCAACAACUCAGAAAGCUUGCGGUAAUGCCGCAACAGCCGCGCGUGUCAAAAUGUUGGGCGCCUUUCUGCCAGAUUCUUUGUUGCGCGAUAUACGCGAUCGCAAAUUUCCUACAAAUGAUUUUGAGGCGAAAUAUGGCGAUGGUGGUGGUAGUGGUAGUGGUGGUGGUAGUGCAGGCAGCGCUGAUGGUGGCAGUGAUGUCGAUGCGGAUGGUGAUCGCGAUGCACAUACAACUACUUUGCCAGAUGCGCUCAACGAACCGGACUAUAUUAAUAUUGAACAUGUGAAAUUCUUAAAGGAACGCAAUAGCAACAAUAUUGGCGUUAACAAUACGCACCAUAAUAAACGCGCUUCGUUGCCAAAUAAAACAUUCAUUCUAAACGCGGAAAACGGUACAUUCGUCGAUACAAAAAUGAACUCGAUGCCGCGCAAAUACGAAGCAGAUAAAUAUUACGAUUUCCAUGUGAAGGAGCAUGAAAAUUUCCGUAGUUUCGAUAUUGGUGCUGCAGCCAAUCUUGGCGGUGAUGAUUUGGAAAGUCUUUCCGAAUACGAAACGAAAAGCUUGCACGACGAUGCCUUCGCGGGCUAUAAGGAUAUACGUUGCGGUUCGGCCACAUCGACUAUACGCUCGUCGAAGGGAACGGUGCGCGGCGUCAAGAAUCGUGUGCGCAAUGGAAUAGCCACAUUCUUGCAACUACAGCAAUCAAAUGUGAAGAAUUUCAAGGAGAAGGAUGCGGGAAAAGUGGUACUCUAUACAACAAGUAUGGGCAUCAUACGUGACACUUAUGCCAAAUGUGCGAAUAUGAAACAGAUAUUGCGUACGCUGCUUGUGAAAUUCGAGGAACGAGAUGUCUUCAUGAGCAUCGAAUAUCAGCAGGAGAUAAAGGAGCGCAUGCACUCGGAAGCGAUAAAAGUACCUCAACUCUUCGUGGAAGGCCAACACAUUGGUGAUGCUGAUACUGUGGAACGACUUAACGAGUCGGGUGAACUGCGACAGCUGCUCAAACCAUACAAGUCAAUUGCUACCACAUUCACUUGUCAAACAUGUGGCGGCUACCGCCUACUGCCGUGUCCCUCAUGCAAUGGCUCAAAGAAAUCGGUGCAUCGAAAUCACUUCACGGCCGAAUUUGUGGCACUGAAAUGCAUGAAUUGCGAUGAAGUUGGACUUGUCAAAUGUCACAAUUGCUAAGCGAAUCUAGCGGGGAGGAGUCAAUCAUAACCUGCCUCUAUGUGCGAGUGGAUAGUUAAAAUGAUGAGGAGCGGCUAUUCAAAGUUUGAUUGACUAGGCUGAAUCCAAAUGGGCGUGUGGAGCCAACAAACGGGCAAUCGACAAUUGUCAUAUGGUGGAGAGUAGCAUUGCUUUGGCAUGCCACAUAGAUAUGCAUACAGAUUUAAUAUACACAUACAUAUGUAAUUUAAUUUGUGGCAUGUAUGUAUAUUUCUAAUUAUAUAGUUAGCUUAAGCAACGAAAGAGUCACUCAAUAUAUUUUUUUAUUUUUAACUUUGAACGGUAAGUAUGUAUGUGGAUUUUACCGCUAUUGUGUUGCUUAUAAGUAAACAGAAUUUUUUUAUUUUCUUUUUUAUUAGUAUUUUUACUUUAAAUAUGUAGUUAGUGCAAUAGCGUAAUAUUAUUACUAAGAAAUAUUUUUUUUUUUCUGCGAAAGUGGUAACCAUGAACUAAUAAUGGAAAGAUAUGCAUAUGUAUAAUAUAAACGAACAAUUCAACGAAAUAUAUUUGAUGAACGCUUGCUUCGCUGACCUUAGCACUAUUUAUUUUUAAUGUCUUAUUGUUUAAUUAACUGUCUACAUUUACAUAUGUAUAUGUAUGUAAAUUUAUAUUGUACACUAUUAUUUAAAGCAUGUGUAUGUAGACAAAAGGCUUCGAUAUGAUUGACGGUCACGAGUGUAUUCGAAUUUAUUGUAUGUAUAUAUUGUCGGUUGUUGGAAUUGCAAAUGUGACGGUUGUGAUAAUUUAACACAGAUAUUAGAAAAAUAAAAGACCUGUAAGCUUAAAUGAAUUAUCGACUAAACUUACUAAUAUGAUAAGUCUUAAAUAAUGCAUUCUAUAAAGAUUAAAAAAAAAGUAAAUAAAAGCAGAUAUUGAAAUAAUGAACCUGUUCACGCUUGUUUGUGUAUGGUGAGAUUUGAUUAAAUAAAAAAAAUUUGAUAGAAUUACAAAAA